GUCGGGUUGAUGAUGCCGUUUAAAAAUGGCGUCCGACAAAAGAUAUGUGUUUACGGGUGUUUUUGUGUUUUUAAUAUUAUUUACAGAAAGCCACUGUAGGUUACACCAUCUAAUACUUAAGGACGAUGUCAGGCAAAAGGUGCACUUAAACACCUUCGGUUUCUACAAAGAUGGUUACAUGACGGUUAAUAUGAGUCGCCUUUCCCUGAAUGGAGAUGGCCUAGACAAGAUUGAUAGCUCCACGAUUGGAUUCAGCCUGGAUAGAACAAGCAGCAAUGGAUUCUCAACAUACCUGGAAGAAGAUAUUGACUACUGCAUUCUGAAGAAGCUCCCCAGCAGUGAUGUGGCUGUGGCCUUGCUGCUGAUGGACUUUGAAAAGAACGUAGUGAGGAUGAAGACCUCGACAGAGGAUAACGUCUUUCCAAACAUCCUGUCUGGACUGUCAAAGACACCCCCAUCCCAUCCCAAUACAGUAGAGGAAGUGAAGGUACUCAAGGGAAAUGAUGAGACCAAACCCAAUCCUCAGCCUACGGUCAAAGCUGAUGCAGGUCCAAGUAAAACCAAACGGGACACCUCUGAGGUGAAUAAGUCUGAAGUGUCCUAUCCCCUUCAGAACAAAGAUGGGGUCUACUCCUUCCAGUUUCACUUUAAUGUCAGCACUGACGACCAGCAGGGCCUGUACAACCUCUACUUCCACAACUGCUACAGCAAGGAGGCCCAGUCUGGCAGGAUGCUCCGCUUCAGCAUUGAUAUCAACAUCGAGGAGAAGAAUCCCAACAGCUACCUCUCCGCCGGCGAGAUCCCUUUGCCCAAGCUCUACAUCUUCAUGUCCAGCUUCUUCUUCCUCAUUGGUGUGCUCUGGGUGCACGUCCUCCGAACGCAUAGAGCUGACGUCUACAAGAUCCACUGGCUCAUGACGGCGCUGCCGUUCACAAAGUCCCUGUCCCUGGUGUUUCACGCGAUUGAUUACUACUACAUUUCAAACCAGGGUUUCCCCAUUGAAGGAUGGGCGGUGGUCUAUUACAUCACUCACCUGCUAAAGGGGGCGCUUCUGUUCAUUACCAUUGCCCUGAUUGGGACAGGUUGGGCCUUCGUGAAGCAUAUCCUGUCUGACAAAGACAAGAAGAUCUUCAUGAUCGUCAUCCCCCUGCAGGUCCUUGCCAAUGUUGCCUACAUCAUCAUUGAAUCGACAGAGGAGGGCACCACUGAGUACGGGCUGUGGAAGGAGAUUCUCUUCCUGGUGGAUCUGCUGUGCUGUGGAGCCAUUCUGUUCCCUGUGGUCUGGUCCAUUAGACAUCUACAGGAGGCUUCGGCUACAGACGGAAAAGCUGCCAUCAAUCUGGCCCAGCUGAAGCUCUUCAGACAUUACUACGUCAUGAUUGUCUGCUAUAUAUACUUCACGCGCAUCAUCGCCAUUCUCAUCAAGGUCAUUGUCCCGUUCCAGUGGAAGUGGCUCUACCAGCUCCUGGAUGAGCUCGCCACCCUCACCUUCUUCGUCCUGACGGGACACAAGUUCCGCCCCGCCUCCUACAACCCUUACCUGUUGCUGUCCGUGGAGGAUGACGAGGACCUCGAGAUGGAGGACGUGGUCACAACGUCCGUGGGUGUGUCAGAGGGUGUGAAGAAGGUGAAGAAGGUAUCAAACGGACCCUCAGAGGAGAGAGAGACCAUGGCAUGAUGGAAGUUUGUUUCUAGCUUUGGCGGGGGGGCUCUGUGGACCUCCAGACCGUGGAUGUAGCUGCUGCUCUUUUCAGACUAGACUGAACCUUUUCCAUCUGCCUUGGCACAGCGCAGAUCCCAGCUCAGUGCUAAACGGACGACCUCCCCGCUCCACGCCGCACCGCGCCAUGCCAUGCUGCCCAGAACAACCUCCUGCAGGCCUCUGUACACCUGUAUAUCUGCAUAUAUAUAAUAUAUAAACCAGGACUCCGGCUCAAAAUGGGACCUUUCACGAUGUCCUUCAUCAGUGGAAUUCGGAUUUUGUCUGUUUCCCCUUGGUCCUGAGUUUUUGUUUUUUUUCCCUUCCAUACAUUCAGUCCACAUACUUGUUUCUGUAGAGGAAUGAUGCUUGAUGUUUGCUGUUGUCAUACUGAUAUUAUGUAGCUGUCUUUGGUUGUUUAUUUUACCUCAUUUAAAUGCAUUUCCUCUUGCAUUCUUUCCAGCAGCCCCCCCCUGCUCCCAUCAUGUACCUUUUUGCUUGCCAGGUACACUUCAUUGAGCAAUCCUAGGAAAGCAGGCAGUGAGAAAAGAUAAAAUUGUUUCACUGCAACCUAUCACUUUUUUUUCUGACUGAAACCAUUACAAACUUUGUACAAAGAACUCGAAACCUGGCUCUGGCAACAACAGCACUGGAAAUAUAGGCUUACUAACUUUUUGUUUUUGUUUAACUUUAUUUAUCUGAGAACUGCUGUCAGCAUGACUUUAACGAAAAGGCGAAGCUUUUGUUUUCAGUUGCGACAUUGGCAGAGAGAGCGUCUGUGGUCCUUGACGUCAAAGGUGACGCUGGGAAGACAGGGACGCUUGCAGUUGUUGGUGGGAUCAGCAGCAGCUGAAACCAGGAAGCUGAAUACUGGAAGUGGAUGCAGCAGUUUCAAUGUCAAUUUUCAGGGAUCUGACGAUCUGCACUCACAUUGAAGUUAUGUUGGUACUAAUGACCAUGCUUUACGAGAGUUUGAUUGUAAUGUGAAUAUUAUUAGCUUAUUUUAGAAGGAGACUGUCAAUGAGCUUGAGUAAUUUCAGUAUUAUAACAUUCUUAGUUUUAUUUCCUUAUCAGUUGAACGUGACAUGAAUGUGAAGAGCUGUCGGCUGAGUGGCUAAAUAAGUGAUUAAAUGUACUGCCAGCUUUACUUCUGUAUAUAAGGGGUACUAAUGAACUGCUUUCCCUCAUGGCAGAAACAUGUAAAAAUGAUUCUGUGCAUGCGUACAGCAAAAGUACAAGACAAAAAUAACGUCUGUCUGUCCAAAAUGAGAACAUAACGAAGUUCUGCCUGUGUCUAGGGUGGAAUUUCCUGUGUUGGGUAUCAUAGAUGUAAAUUUGUUUUUUUUCUCUCCACUUAACACUUCAUUUUGCAUUUUUUAUUCUUAUUUUAGGUUUGUAUUUGUAAAUAACAAGAAGCUUUUGUUUGUUCUGCAAAAACGAACAGUAAGAGGUCAAAUGUGUGAAGUAAGAGACAGACUGUAAUCUUGUGAAUGUCCAGAAUUCAUAAAGAAUCUCUUUGGAUCCACCAUAUUGGAAGUGAAUGCUUUGUGAAACAAUCAGGUGUGUAUGUCUGUCUGUGUGUCUGUGUCUGUGUCUGAGUGAGAGAGAGAUUGAUUGGGGGGGGCAUGUCUUGUAUUGUAUCAGAUGCCAUAUGUGCGGAAGUACCACAGGCAGGUUUUUAAUCAGAGAUCCAGAUUUUAUGAGGUAUGCCAUUGGACCUUCCCAAUGUAGAGUGGGUUUUUGGUAGUUGAAUUUUUUCCCCCUCUGUCCAUACCUUUGAAAAGACUCUUCAUCGCAUCCUCAGUCUUAAAAACAUGCCAUCUUUGCCCAUCUAAUUACCAUUAUUUCUACACAAGAUUACAUA